AUGUGACGGUGAUCACAGGCCGCUGAAACUGUGUCAGUCAAUAUAAAUGUUAUUUCUCAAUUUUUAAUAAUUUCCUAGUGAAACGGUGAAUUUGGCGGCCUGUACGUUCGUCCGGGAAACUACAAGUUAUAAACUACACGUUUUUACUGACAUAAGCUGCUCAGCAGCUCUCAGCAAAAAUGAAGCUCUGGGGCGCCCACGGAGAGUUCUGCGCUCGCCACCAAUGGGAGGUGAUCGUCGCCACCCUGGCCUUGCUGGCCUGCGCGGCCAGCGUCGAGAGGCACGGCCCCGGGGCCGGGAGCGAGCGCUGCGCUGGCUGGGCCCGCGCCUGCCCCGGCCUGGAGGCCGAAUACCAAGCGGCAGACGCCGUCAUCAUGACCUUCGUGCGAUGCGCAGCCUUACUAUACGCCUAUUAUCAGAUCUCCAAUCUACACACCAUAGCUUCUAAGUACCUACUCAUCAUAGCCGGCGUGUUUUCUACGUUCGCUAGCUUCAUCUUCACUUCGGCGCUUGCUAGCAUGUUCUUUAACGAGCUAGCUGGUAUAAAAGACGCGCCGUUCCUGUUUCUGCUAGUGGCUGAUGUCGCUAGGGGUGCGAGGAUGGCUAAAGCGGGCUGGUGUGCUGGCGAGGACCAGGGCAAAAGGGUUGGGAAGGCAUUAUCCCUGCUAGGACCGACUGCUACUCUAGACACUUUGCUAGCGACUCUUCUAGUAGGAGUUGGGGCGUUAUCAGGCGUUCCAAGAUUAGAACAUAUGUGCACGUUCGCCUGUUUAGCUUUGCUGGUUGACUAUCUGGUGUUCGUGACCUUCUACCCGGCCUGCUUAUCCUUAGUCGCUGAUUUCGCGGCUAGCCGCGGCACAAUUUCACCAGAUGGAGAUUUUUCGGAAUCCGAUCUGAAACCUAACCCUGUAGUCCAGAAAGUUAAAAUGAUUAUGGCCGCUGGGCUGCUCUGUGUGCAUUUAACUAGCCGUUGGACCCUCACAGCUAAUAACGGGCAUAUGGAGGGACCUUUAAACGAGAACUCGACUCCGAUUUCUCAGGAGAACGUGUUGCUACACUCUUACGUCAAAUGGUUCUCAGUGAGCGCCGAUUAUAUAGUUAUAGCGACACUCCUCUGCGCUCUGAUCAUUAAAUUCAUAUUCUUCGAAGAGCAGAGAAGUUGGAUUAUUGAUAUGAACGAUAUGGUAGUGAAGGAACUUGUAGCGAAAGAGGAGACACAUAAAAUUAAUAAGAAACCGAUGUUUUCUGUCGGAGAUGACACUAUGGCUGAGACUUCCACGCAAACCGAUAAUAUAAUCAGCGCAGACGAAUCUGAAUGGCCUACAUUAUCCCCUAGUUCUUCAGCAAAUAAACUUAACGCCAAAAAGCGACCGAUGGCAGAAUGCCUAGAAAUCUACAGAUCUGAAGGCGCGUGCACGUCUCUCAGCGACGAGGAGGUGGUCAUGCUGGUCGAACAAUCACAUAUUCCUUUGCACAGACUGGAAGCAGUCCUUGGGGACCCCUUGAGAGGCGUGAGACUGCGUCGCAGAGUCGUUGGAACUCGGUUCCAAACUGACGCAGCUGUAAAACAACUGCCAUAUCUAAAUUACGAUUACAGCAAAGUGUUGAAUGCUUGCUGCGAAAAUGUGAUAGGAUUUGUAGGUGUGCCAGUCGGUUACGCCGGGCCUUUGGUGGUCGAUGGAAAACCUUAUAUGAUCCCGAUGGCCACUACAGAAGGGGCUUUAGUCGCGUCCACCAACAGAGGCGCGAAGGCCAUAGGAGCUAGAGGAGUCACAAGCGUUGUCGAGGAUGUAGGGAUGACCAGAGCGCCUGCUGUGAGGUUCCCGAACGUCGUUCGGGCUCACGAAUGCAGGCAAUGGAUAGACAAUAAAGAAAACUAUGCAUUAAUCAAAGAAGCUUUUGAUUCUACCUCUCGUUUUGCAAGACUUCAAGAAGUUCAUAUAGGAGUCGACGGCGCCACGCUUUAUUUAAGAUUCAGAGCGACUACGGGAGACGCUAUGGGCAUGAACAUGGUCUCAAAAGGCGCUGAAAACGCCUUGAAAGUGCUCAAAACUUACUUCACUGACAUGGAAGUCAUCAGCUUAUCGGGCAACUAUUGUUCCGACAAAAAAGCUGCCGCGAUCAACUGGGUGAAAGGCAGAGGGAAGCGCGUCGUGUGCGAAACUACUAUAUCUGCUGAGAAUUUAAGGACGAUAUUCAAAACGGACGCUAGAACUCUUUCUAGAUGUAACAAGAUUAAGAAUCUAUCUGGGUCAGCGUUAGCUGGGUCUAUAGGAGGGAACAACGCUCAUGCAGCCAACAUGGUGACAGCUAUAUUUAUAGCAACAGGGCAAGAUCCGGCGCAGAAUGUUACAAGCAGCCAAUGUUCUACAAGCAUGGAAGUAUGUGGAGAGAAUAGUGAUGACUUAUACGUGACUUGUACUAUGCCUUGUUUGGAAGUGGGCACAGUAGGCGGGGGCACAGUAUUGACUGGACAAGGCGCUUGCCUUGAGAUUCUAGGGGUCAAAGGGGCUGGGGUGGUCCCUGCUGAGAAUUCAGCGAGACUUGCGUCUUUAAUUUGUGCCACAGUUCUGGCAGGGGAACUAAGCCUUAUGGCAGCGCUUGUGAACUCCGAUCUGGUCAAAUCUCAUAUGAGGCACAACAGAUCCACUCUCAACGUACAGACCAUGACAAACGACACCACCAUGUCGAACCACCUUAGAGUCCCGCGGUUAUAACAUGCGUGUUACUUAGUUGUAA